UAAUAUUUAUUAAUACAUUUAUGUACAUAAAAAUGUAAUUUCUCUUUAAAAUCGUAAAUUGCAGAGUAUUCUGUGUUUCGAUCUACGGCAUGUUAUUGUUGACAUUUGUGCUUUGAUAACCGUGUUUCUUGUCGUUAAAAGAAACUUCUUACGAAGCAUACAUAUAGUACUACACAGCAUAUUUGCUCGUAAUGUUUCGUGUAUACAACUCUGUAUAUACAGGCUAAUUGACCGAAAAUUUAAGCGUGCGCGAUCAGAUAGUACUUUGAAUGUAGCGUACGUUGUCUAACAAGCAAGAAGUAAUUGUCAAACAGAAUCAUCGACUAUGUUUAAAAUUCUUACACAAAAUAUGUAUACUGCGGCCAUUCUUAUUUUACGGACGCUGACGAUUGGCAAAUUGGCAACGACGCUUCUAACGUAUUCUGAGGGAUGAAGGCAAUUAUUUUCUUCUGGUAUUAUUCAUAUUUAUCUACAGUGUUUUACAAGGAAGUUUGAAAGUAUGCGACCGGAUUCACGUAGCAUUUCGUUUACGUUUCAUCGAGAAGUUCUAAGUAUCAAAAAUUCAUCAGAAAUCCCGAAGAAUCCGAAGAAUCUGAGACGACGUCUUCAAGAUCAUUUCGUUAAAAAAAAGGAUGAUGAUUCCUGCAAGGAAAAAGUGUCGAAAGAUAAACAAACGAGUAAUCGAAGUUGGAAUAAUUUAACACUCGGAAAUGUAUCGGCAGAUUCCAGACGAGCUUUACGGAGCGGAGCUGAUAAAUUGUCCAAAACUAUGUCUUCCGUUCGUACAACUUUUGGAAGUAUAUCACAGAAAUUUAGAAGCUCAACGCACAGACGACAAAGGCUGGAGGAACAACAGACACCGAACAGUGCUUCCAAGAUGCAAACACCUCAGACUCGCUCUCGACAACUCCUUGGACGAACACCGACCAAACUUUACAGCCCCUUUGGCAUCGAAACGCCCAGGCAUUCGUGGGAUAAAGAAAACGACAAAACACCUGUACAUACUCCUGCAGCAAGUAGUACACGUAUCGCUCAGUGCAGACCCUUUAGUUUUGCAAGAGCAAAGGGAUUCUCAAUGCUAAUUAUGUGUUCCGUAUUUAUAUUUUUUUAUACGUGUUUAUAUCCAUAAUUAGUUUUAUUGCAACGACUAAUAAAGAAAAUAAAACAACAAACAA